CGUGGUUUUCAGUGGGUGGAGAGCAUAGUCAGCUGAGUCGCAGCCAUUUUGUGAGUCCGUGUCCAGUGACAGGAGAUUCCGGCGGGGCCGGCCUGGUUCUGGAGAUAUGGCGCUCCGGAUAGUAAAAGGCAGUAUUGACCGUAUGUUUGAUAAGAACUUGCAGGACUUGGUGAGGGGUAUCCGGAACCAUAAGGAAGAUGAGGCAAAAUACAUCUCUCACUGCAUUGAUGAAAUCAAACAGGAGUUAAAGCAGGACAACAUUGCAGUGAAGGCCAAUGCAGUCUGCAAGUUGACUUAUUUACAAAUGCUGGGCUAUGACAUCAGCUGGGCUGCGUUCAAUAUCAUUGAAGUGAUGAGCGCUUCAAAGUUUACAUUCAAAAGAAUUGGGUACCUGGCUGCUUCUCAGUGCUUUCAUGAGGGGACAGAUGUGAUCAUGCUGACUACAAACCAGAUCCGUAAGGAUCUAAGCAGCCCAAACCAGCAUGAUACUGGGGUUGCCCUGACUGGGUUGUCUUGUUUUGUCACCCCUGAUUUGGCCAGAGAUCUUGCAAAUGAUAUUAUGACAUUGAUGUCUCACACCAAGCCUUACAUUAGAAAAAAAGCUGUUUUAAUCAUGUACAAAGUAUUUCUGAAGUACCCAGAAUCACUGCGACCUGCUUUCCCACGCCUGAAAGAGAAACUGGAGGAUCCUGAUCCAGGUGUACAAUCUGCAGCAGUGAACGUUAUCUGUGAGCUGGCACGCCGAAAUCCUAAAAAUUAUUUAUCCCUUGCCCCCUUGUUCUUCAAGCUAAUGACCUCGUCUACCAACAACUGGGUCCUUAUUAAAAUAAUUAAACUGUUUGGCGCACUAACUCCUUUGGAGCCUAGACUUGGGAAGAAAUUGAUUGAGCCUUUAACUAAUUUGAUACACAGCACAUCUGCAAUGUCCCUCUUGUACGAAUGUGUGAACACUGUUAUAGCAGUUUUGAUAUCACUUUCUUCAGGAAUGCCAAACCACAGUGCCAGUAUACAGCUCUGUGUGCAGAAGUUAAGAAUUCUAAUAGAAGAUUCAGACCAGAAUUUGAAAUACCUUGGCUUAUUAGCCAUGUCAAAAAUCCUAAAAACUCAUCCCAAGUCGGUGCAGUCCCACAAAGACCUUAUCUUACAAUGUCUGGAUGACAAGGAUGAGUCAAUUAGACUUCGAGCACUUGAUCUUCUUUAUGGAAUGGUAUCUAAGAAAAAUCUCAUGGAGAUUGUCAAGAAGUUGAUGAUCCAUGUAGACAAAGCAGAGGGUACUGCAUACAGAGAUGAGCUUCUCACCAAAAUUAUUGACAUCUGCAGCCAGUCAAACUACCAGUAUAUCACCAACUUUGAAUGGUAUAUAAGCAUUCUAGUGGAGCUUACUCGAUUGGAGGGAACACGUCAUGGUCAUCUGAUAGCUGCCCAGAUGCUGGAUGUUGCAAUUCGAGUAAAGGCCAUCCGUAAUUUUGCAGUUUCUCAAAUGGCUACACUGCUAGACAAUGCCCACCUUUUAGCUAGUAACACUCAGCGCAAUGGCAUUUGUGAGGUCUUGUAUGCAGCAGCUUGGAUUUGUGGAGAGUUCUCAGAACAUCUCUUGGAGCCAAAUCAGACUUUAGAAGCUAUGUUAAGGCCGAAGGUGACAACCCUCCCAGGACACAUCCAAGCUGUGUAUGUUCAGAAUGUGGUUAAACUUUACUCCUGCAUACUUCAAAACAAAGAACAGGAAGGAGACAAAGAAGCUGCACAAGAAAUCACCCAACUCAUGAUUGACCGACUGCCCCAGUUUGUACAAAAUGCUGAUCUGGAAGUUCAAGAGAGGGCAUCAUGCAUUUUGCAGCUGAUAAAAUAUAUCCAGAAACUACAAUCCAAGGAGGUCCCAGUAGCAGAAGAAGUUAUGGCAUUGUUUGCAGGGGAACUUAACCCUGUUGCUCCCAAAGCUCAGAAAAAAGUACCUAUUCCUGAAGGCCUGGACUUGGAGGCAUGGAUCAAUGAGCCACCAUCAGACAGUGAAUCUGAAGAGGAAAAACCCAAAGCCAUCUUCCAGGAUGAGAAGCAGUCUCAUGGAAAAACAUCUCGACCUGAAAUUGAUGAGGAGGAACUUGCAAGAAGGCGAGCUGCACGUAAAGAAGAGCAAGCUAAUAAUCCAUUUUAUAUAAAGAGUUCUCCAUCCCCGCAAAAGCUUUAUCAGGACAGUGCUGGUGUUGAACAUAUCCCUGUUGUGCAAAUUGAUCUCUCAGUUCCACUAAAAGUGCCUGGCCUGCCUAUAUCUGACCAGUAUGUAAAAUUGGAAGAGGAGCGCAGGAGCAAGCAGCGUCAAGAGAAGGACAAAAAGAAAAAGAAGGAGAAAGUUAAGAAGGGUAGCAAGACACGACGGCACCAUUCUCUACAUACUGAAAGUGAUGAAGAUAUCACUCCUGCCCAUCAUGUGGAUAUCAUCACUGAGGAAAUGCCAGAGAAUGCAUUACCUAGUGAUGAAGAUGACAAAGACCCAAAUGACCCUUACAGAGCUUUGGAUAUAGAUUUGGAUAAGCCUCUAGCAGACACAGAGAAACUUCCUGUUCAAAGACAUCGGAAUGCAGAGAUUCAAAAAUCCCCAGAAAAUGAAACGCCCACUUCAGACCAGAAAAUCAAAAAGUUGAGCAAGAAGGAAAAAAAGCAGAUAGAGUCAGAGAGACUUAAGAAAAAGGAAAAAAAGAAAAGCAAGGAGAAAGAAGAGAAGAGCAAGCACAAGAAAUCUAUGUCCGGCACUACUAAAGAGAAAGAAACCCCACUGAAGGAAGAGGUGUUGCCAGUGGAUGAAGAAGUCAAUGAAACUCCAUCAGAGGACAUGGAUUUCUGGCUAAACAAUUCCACGUUGCCCACUCAACCACAGAGCCAAACUGAAGUCAGCUCAACCAUGGAGGAGCCCAAAGAGGAAGACUUAGAAGGGGAGAAAGAGGAAGAGCAGGAGAAGAAGUCUCACAGACACAAGAAGAAGCAUAAGAAGGAAAAAGAGCUAAAGGAGGAUAAGAAAAGCAGAAAGAAAAAGCACCACCACCGUCAUCACUCUCAUGAAGAAGAACACUCAGAAUCUGUACAAAAUGGAACCCUGGAAGAAGAGGAGCCUUUACCACCAAUGUCAAGUUAUUCACUUCUAGCUGAAAGUCCGUACAUCAAAAUGAUGUGUGAUAUCCAUGGGGAUAUGCAGAAGAGCCAAGUUACAGUGUCCAUUAUCCUGGAGAAUCAGAGCCAGAAAUUUUUGAAAAACAUGGAACUCAAUGUGCUUGACUCUCUCAACACCAAAAUGCUAAGGCCAGAUGGAGCAUCCGUUCAUGAUGCCAUACUUGUUCCCUUUCAACUUCCACCAGGGGUCUCUAAUGAAGCCCAGUUUGUUUUUACUGUUGAAAGUAUUGUACUGCCUCAGAAGCUGAAAGGAACGCUGUCCUACAUAGUCAAGGACGAUGAAGGAUCUGCCCAUGAAAAAAUAGACUUUAAACUACACUUCAGCUGCUCUUCUUACUUAAUUUUGACACCUUGUUACAGUGAUGCAUUUGCCAAGUUGCUAGAAUCAGGUGACCUGAAAGUGAGCUCCCUCAAAGUGGAUUGCACUCCACCAUUCCACCAUCUUCUAGCAAAAAUUUGCUUUUUCCAUCACUUUACAGUGGUAGAACGAGUUGACUCGUGUGCAUCAAUGUACAGUCGAUCAAUCCAGGAUCAUCAUGUCUGUCUACUGGUAAAAAAGGAUGUCAGUUCGGUAUCUAUUGAUGGGAAAUGCAGUGACGCCUCUCUUCUCAGCAGCCUUCUCAGUGAAAUCAAAGAAACACUUUCAAGAUCUUGAGCUGGAAUAUGCCCUAUUCAUUUUAACUGUAUCUGCUCCUCCUGGAAUCACUCAAAACAGAAACUGAAAAGGCCCAGAACCUUCUCCCUUUCUCCUGUGUUUUCUUUGAUCCAGGCGCAUGUUUAUGGUCUUAGCCUGUUUGCGGCUGCAGGUCGUUUUACUCUCUCACCUGAAAGCAAGGCUGUUUCACCAUUUUCUUUUAAGUCUGUCAUGUCAAUUAUUUUUUGUUUUGUUUGUUUGUUUUCUUUUUAAGAUCAUGUGAGGCAAAAGAGAAGCUAUUUUAAAAGACCUUGUAAAUGUAUCCCUUUUAAAGUCACAGUGGCAAAAGCUACUUGAGUGAAAAAAUUAGUAUUGACUUUAUCUGUCAUCCAACCUGCAAAAAUUUGCUACACUGUGCCCAUUUUAGAAAACCAUGGCCCAACAAAUGUCUUUCUCAACUGUACCCCAAAGUGCAUCCUAAAAACAAGGUACUGACAUUGAACCUGCAGCACCUUUCAUUGUUUUUUCUUCACUGGGAAUAUAGAGGUAUUUUAGAAUUUUUUUUCAAAUCAUAAUGUAAUGCUGCACAUCUAGUUUAAUCACCCCAGACAUGCACUCUCUUUUUGUAUUUGCAUCAUGUGGUGCAUGAAAUGCUGGUAGGGCGACAAUAAUUCUUUGAUUUGUUUUAUCCCUUUGUGCAUUAUGCGGCCUGCUCUGUUUUCCUUAUGAAGACUAAACAUUGUGCAGUAUGUCUCCUUUAAUUUAAGCAGUAACAUUCCUGUACAGUAAGAUUCGCUUUCUGUGGCCACAAAACUGGAAUACCCAAACCUCAGUCUGUACCUCACUUUCAACCAUUUCACUUAGUGUGUGUCUUACGUCAUUUUUUGUUUUUUUGAUUGCCCUGGGUUUUUUUUGUGUUCUUUUACAUACCUACAUGUAAUCAGAAAUACUCUACAGAGGAAGUCUGUUGUACUGUAAGGUCUGCAGUGGACUUUUGCUGUUAUAGUGGCAGUCUUAAAAUAAGAUGUGCAUGUCUACCUGCAAAGUUGGUUAUUUAUUAGAAGGUUGGCAACAUGGAAUAACUGUUGGUGCCUUAUUGUAGCUGUGUAAGUUUUCCCAGAUGGAUUGAGUUUAUCACAAUAUAUUGUUAGAACAAAUUUUUCAGGAACUAUGACCCAGGGCCCUGAAAAGUCUCAGUAAUUGCCACACUUUACCAGGGAAACCGGCAGAGAAAAUAUUAUAAUAAUACCUAUUUAUUCCCCUUUGUAAAUGAAAAGGCAUGUGAAUUUAAGCAAUUGCAGUAUGAAUUGACACCUAUGUGGGAUUUAUUUGAGCUUCCAUGAAUAUCAAGGACGUAGAAGUCUUGAAAAACCCUGUCACGUAGAAGUCUUGAAAACCCUGUGUUCAGUGGAUAUUCAGUGAUGUCACAUUAGUCGGGGUAAAGCAACUUUAACAGUGUUUGUCUGAUCUAUACAUUGUCCUUCUAAAAUGCUAAACCACACUCCAUGACCCAAAUGCCUAAAGUGAACCACUAUUAUAUUUAACAGUGUAUUCCCCCACACACACUCAAACCGUGAGAGAUGCUAGGAAGCAGUCUCAUCUCUACUGCUGUGGAAGACCUUUUCGUAAAGGACAAGCUCUCCGUGUCUCAUGGGCUGCAUACAGUUCCAUACAUCAAAACAUAAAUGAGAGCUAUGCAUACUUGUCACCGUACAAGAGGAAAGUUCAACUUUUAUAGCCUUCUACAUAUAUUUCUACAUGGUAUCCUGUAUGUUACGCCCAAGUCACACACAUUUUACUGUUUCUGCUGUUGUGCUACAUAUAGAGCCAGCAUUUGUUCUGUGUUCUGAGAUUAAUUUAACUUCAGAUAUCAAUUACGCCCCACACCUCACAAGCCCCUCCCCUCAUUUUCUUUAAUUUGUUUCCAUUCUUCAUUUGUUGUUUUGUUCCUCCCACCUCUUGCCUGUCAUAAUGGCAUGUAGAGUAUCUGAUAUCCUAAGACCCUAUGUGGUGAAUCUAGAAGUUUUGAGUUUGUAUGUGUAAUAAAAUUUGUUCUUGACAUUCCUUUGGAAAGAGGACAGAAGGGUACCACAAACGCUGCUGUAAUUGUUUCAAGAUGAUCCAUAAUAAAGUAUCAAAAUUA